AUGUCCUCUACUCAUAAUCAUAGCCCUUCACAAAUUUCCUCCUUUGGCCGCUCCAUAUAUCGUCUCAGGCAAGAACAGGUUCAUUCUUUGGAGGAGAAUCACAGAUCCAGUACCCGGGAUUCGGAGCUUGAAUCGUUCCAAAAGCAGGUUACUAAUCGAUUUGAGGACCUAUCCAGGGUUAGUGAUGAUGAAUUGCUCUCAAUUGAUUGGAUACAGGAGCUCCUGAAUGCAUUUAUCUGCUGCCAUGAGGAAUUCAGAGCUAUUCUGUUGAACAAUAAAGAGCAACUCUCGAAUUCCCCUCUGGACCGAUCAAUCUCUGAAUUCUUCGAGAGGUUGGUAAAGGCACUUGACAUUUGUAAUGCAAGCCGCAACGGGAUUGAGAAGAUUCGUGUGUGGCUAAAGCAUUUGGAAAUAGUCUUGUGUGCCUUGGGUUCAAAUCAGAGAGCAUUGAGUGAAGGCCAAGUCCUGAGGGCCAGAAAGGCACUGAUGGAUUUGGCACUGGCAAUGCUGGAUGAGAAAGAUUGUAAGUCAGUUUUCACUCAGCGUAACAGGUCUUUUGGACGGCAUAACACGAGUAAGGAUUUUCGCCGCCACAUGACAGCGCAUUCUCGAUCACAUUCAUGGAGUGUAUCAAGAUCCUGGUCUGCAGCCAAGCAACUGCAUUCCAUUGCAAGCAACUUGGUUCCCCCUCGUGGGAAUGAAAUUGUUGCAACAAAUGGGCUUGCAAUUCCUGUUUAUACCAUGAAUUCUGUUUUAUUGUUUGUUUUGUGGGCUCUUGUUGCAGCUUUUCCUUGCCAGGAUAGGGGUCUCAAUAUUCAGAUGUCGGUUCCACGGCAAUUGUCAUGGGGCGUCCCAGUUACUUCACUUCAUGACCGGAUCAAGAAGCUCGAACGCAGAAGCUCAAAUGGUUUGCUGAAGGAGAUAAAUCAAGUAGAAAGUUGUGUCCGGAACAUGAGUGACUUGGUAGAUUCAGUUCAGUUUCCAUUGACAGAUGAGCAGAAAAUGGAAGUUGAGGAGAGGCUGAAAGAGCUAAGUCUUGUUUGUGGAGCCUUAAGAGAUGGAUUGGAUCCAUUAGAGCGCCAAGUGAGGGAGGUGUUCCGGAAGAUCAUGACUUGCCGAGCUGAGGGACUUGAUUACAUAGGCUAG